AAAAAUCAUCAAUUCCAUAGAACAACAACUUAGUUAGAGCUCCCUGCCGAAAAAGUGAAGCCCUACUAGUUAUACCCAAAAGAAAUUCCAGUUUAUAUACUCAACUGAAGUUUUGCUUAAUUUGGGAAUUAGUAAUCUCUAUAUAAGGCUGUUACUAGUACUGUUUGGGGAAAGUAUUUUUGUCAAUUUGAGUUCUCAAGUUUGUCUACUGUCAAGUUGAUCUCUCAAAAAUAUAGGGUUCAACGAAAUAUGAGCAGAGCUACUCGAAACAAGAAAAACAAGAGGAGUAAAUCUGAGGAACAAGCUGAAACUACUUCGGAAAUCUGUAAGAGAAUAUGUGCUACUGAUGAGGUAACAAAAGAUGAUUUAGAUCAAUUAUUUUGCAUCUCUAAGCCUGUUUGUCAAGGUUGUCGUGUGAAUUCUAGAGAUAACCCUAAUUGUUUUUGUGCACUUACUCCACAUCGUAAUGGGUUUAGAAAGGCAGGUCUAUGGCAGAAGAUGUCUGAAAUUUUACUCAAUCUUAAUCUUGGUCCAAAUCCAUCUCAGGAUCUUCGUGAUGGUAAUUGGCCUGCUGGUUUAACUAAUUUGGGUGCUACAUGUUAUGCUAACAGUAUACUUCAGUGCUUGUUUAUGAAUUCUUCGUUCAGGGAUGGUGUUUUUGCAGUGGAGCCAGAGCUGUUGAAGCAGUAUCCUGUCUUGGAUCAACUAGCCAAGCUGUUUGCUCAAUUGCAUUCGAGUGAUAAGACUUAUAUCGAUUCGGCUCCGUUUAUUAAAACGUUGGAGUUGAAUAAUGGGGUUCAACAGGAUAGUCAUGAGUUUCUUACUUUGCUGCUUUCGUUAUUGGAACGAUUUCUUAGCCGCUCUAAGGUUUCUAAUGCAAGGACCAUAGUGCAAGAUCUCUUCCGCGGAAGUGUUUCGAAUGUGACUCGGUGUUCAAAGUGUGGACAAGAUUCUGAAGCUUCUUCAAAGAUGGAAGACUUCUAUGACAUUGAGUUAAACAUCAAAGGUUUCAAGAGCUUGGCUAAGAGUUUAGAAGACUACCUUAGCAUGGAGACGUUAUGCGGGGACAAUCAGUGUUUCUGCGAGUCAUGUGGUGUACGAGCUGAUGCUACUCGAUGGAUUAAACUGCAGACCCUUCCAGAUGUGCUUAAUUUCCAGCUCAAGCGCUGUGAUUUCCUCGCGAAGACUACCACAGUGAAAAGAAUAACAUCCGAAUUUAGUUUUCCUGAAGAAUUACAAAUGAAGCAGAGGUUGUAUGAACCAUCUCAGUCAGAUUUAACAUAUAUUUUGUCAGCAAUACUAGUCCAUAAAGGAAGUGGUGUGAACAGUGGCCAUUAUGUGUCAAUCAUUAAAGAUGAACACACCGGGGAAUGGUGGGAAUUUGAUGAUGAGAGUGUUUCAAAGUUGGGUUCUCAUCCCUUUGGAAAAAGCUCUUCUAGCUCUACUGCAAAGCCAACGGAUAUUGAUUGUCAUGAAAAAACCUUUACAUCAGCGGAUGCAUACAUGCUAAUGUAUCAUCGUCAAAGCACCACAAGAAGCAAAGGCGAAGCCUUCGAAGAUACAGAAAGAAGUAGUGAGCCAGUGCCUCAACACGAUAAGAAGCCUCUCCCAGUUCAUCUCUUUGAAGAGAUAAAGGCAUUAAAUGAGUCAUAUGCCACUACUUGCCAAAAUUACCAGCAGGAAAAGGAGAGAGAGACAGCCAGAGUUACCGAACGAAGAGAAGAAGUGAAUUCAAUUCUCUCAGAAGCUCCUGCUCCUUCACUUGAAGAUCCUUACUUCUGGAUAGCUACAGACUGGCUUCGCCAAUGGGCUGACAACAUUGCCCCUCCUGUCCUUGACAACACAUCAAUUCAGUGCUCACACGGUGGAGUUCCAGUUUCAAAAGUUGACUCUAUGAAGCGUUUGUCAGAAGGAGCCUGGACAAGAUUGCUUUCCAAGUAUGGUGGUGGGCCAACAUUAUCCAAUGGUGACCUCUGCAUUGACUGCGUAAGGGAUGGGGCAAAGACAAUGGCUCGAGCAGUUGACUAUAGGGAUCAAAGAUCUUCUUUUAAGGAAAUGGCAGAUGCUUCACUUGCUGGAAGGUUUCUGGAGGUGACGAUGUACUAUGUAUCUAGGAUGUGGUUGCUACAGUGGUCACGGAGAAAGAAUGUGGAUUUUCCCUGUGAAGCUGACUUUGGCCCAACAGCUUCAAUUAGGUGCCCCCACGGAGAGCUUAUGCCAGAACAGGCGCCUGGAGCAAAGCGUGUAUUGGUUCCGGAGGAUCUCUGGCUCUUUCUUCAUGAACAUUCAAACAAUGUGAAAGCGGAAGAUGAUUUGGUUUGUUCAACAUUUCUCUCAGACGCUGAAACAUGUGCUAUAUGCAGCAUCGAAUUUAACGAAGUGGCAUGUGCUGAAGAUACUCUUAGAGCAGCUAAGCUCAAAGAACGCCAGAAUCAUGAGAAAUUAUAUCUGGGCAAGAGGAGUGCACUUUAUCCAGGCUGCAAGUAUUACUUGUUGCCUUCCUCAUGGUUGACUAAGUGGAGAAGUUACGUUACAGCAAGUGCGAAGACUGUUUCUUCACCUGAAGGACCUGACCCUUUAGAGGGCGUUUUUGAUUCUCUGACAUGUGAGAAACAUGGGCGGCUGUUAGAAAGGCCUCUGGAUCUUAUCUACGAACGUGGUCUAAUAUUUCAGAAGCCAUCUACCACGGAUGGAUUGAUUAUAAUCUCAGAGAACGAUUGGAAGUUCUUUUGUGAAGAUUGGCAAGGUGCCAACUCGAAAUGUGUAACUGCUGAAAUUGAGGUUGAGUUCUGUGGUGGAUCUUCUGAAGAGAUGCCAACUUCAGAAGCAUGCCUAAAUCCCUCAAAUGAUGAGGCUGAGUCAAGGCAACCCACUAUCAAGACUUAUCCGAUGAUAUGUGAGGAAUGCGUAGGAGAAAGAGAAAGCAGAGAGCUAAUGCAAAAAUUAAGUUACUGCAAUGAAGGCAUUUCUGUACUGCUAGUACGUCGAAAGGAGGAAGCUCCAAAAUCUGUUCUUGAUGCUUCUUGUGCAUUUUCUGAGCCACAUAGGCGCACUUCUAAGCGUUCCCGGAAGAAUUCAUAUGGCAACACAGCAAACUUGAAAGUGUCUAGUUCCAUGUCAAUCUAUCGGUUGAAAAUGAUGAUAUGGGAAUCAUUUGGGGUCGUCAAGGAGAACCAGAUGCUACAUAAAGGUCGCAGGCUAAUUGAAGAGGAGUGCGCUACUCUGGCUGACAUGAAUAUAUUCCCAGGAGAUGUGCUCUGGGUCAGAGAUACAGAACUCCACGAGAAUCGUGACAUUGCAGAUGAAAUCUCCCUAGAGAAUUCGGAUGUCAGGCAAAAUGGAGAAGGAUUUCGUGGAACACUUCUUACUGCAAUGCAAAUACUUUAACAUGGGAAUAGGAUGUUCUAUUGGCUGUAAAAUUAUGUUGCAUCUUCAGUGUCAGAAGAACCAACAUGACGGGAAUUUUAAGUAAUCGUUCGGCAUUAUAAUGUUGAACCUCAAGAUCACCAAGAUUUUGUUCUGUGUACAUGAGAUGUUUUUUAUAGAGAAAAAAUUGUUUUUUCCUCGGUGACAAUGUGAGUGGUUUUGGAUAAGGGUGCACACGGUACGGUUCGGCUCGGUUCUUGAAUAGAACGAGUAUCUGUACCUCCCUAGCCUCGGUUCCAAAAUUUUGGACCGGUACCUGUACUUUGGUUCCGGUACCAUUCGGU